UGCCUUUUGAACCAGUUUGCUCUAGCUGCCUGAGGUCAACUGCUUGGUAAUCAGUGGAUAUUAGAAUAUUCAAAAUGUACAGGCAGUGGGCAGUGGUGAAUAUUUUCAUGAUGUCUUCUCUGCAGUUGGUGCAGGGCUCCAGUUAUGAACAUGGACCAGUGAAGCGGGCAUCCCGGUCAAUGUUAGAACAAUCUGAGCAGCAGAUUAGGGCGGCUUCGGGUUUGGAGGAACUACUGCAGAUCACCCACUUCGAGGACUGGAAGCUGUGGAGAUGCCGACUGAAGCUCAAAAGUCUCACCAGCGCGGACUCUCGCUCAGCAUCCCAUCGGUCCACCAGGUUUGCGGCCACUUUCUAUGACAUUGAGACGCUAAAAGUUAUAGAUGAGGAAUGGCAAAGGACGCAGUGCAGCCCUCGAGAGACGUGCGUGGAGGUGGCCAGCGAGCUGGGCAGAAGCACUGACACGUUCUUCAAGCCCCCCUGCGUGAACGUGUUCCGGUGUGGCGGCUGCUGCAACGAAGAGAGCCUCGUGUGUGUCAACAGCAGCACCUCGUACGUUUCCAAACAGCUCUUUGAGAUAUCAGUACCUUUGACAUCAGUACCUGAAUUAGUGCCUGUUAAAGUUGCCAACCAUACAGGUUGUAAGUGCUUGCCAACAGCUCCCCGCCAUCCGUACUCGAUUAUUAGAAGAUCCAUCCAGAUCCCAGAAGAAGAUCGCUGUUCCCAUUCCAAGAAACUCUGUCCUAUUGACAUGCUCUGGGACAGCAACAAAUGUAAAUGUGUUUUACAGGAGGAGAAUCCACUCGCCGGAAUGGAAGAUCACGCUCAUCUCCAGGAGCUGGCUCUCUGUGGUCCACACAUGAAGUUUGAUGAAGAUCGUUGCGAGUGUGUCUGUAAAACGCCGUGUCCCAGAGAUCUCAUCCAGCACCCAGAAAACUGCAGUUGCAUUGAGUGCAGAGAAACUCUGGAGAGCUGCUGCCAGAAGCACAAGAUAUUUCACCCAGACACCUGCAGCUGUGAGGACAGAUGCCCCUUUCACAUGAGAACCUGUGCAAAUGGAAAACCAGCAUGUCCAAAGCAUUGCCGCUUUCCAAAGGAGAAAAGGGCCUCCCAUGGGCUUCACGAUCGAGAAAAUCCUUGAUUCAGCCUUGAUCCCCAGUCCCCCAUCCCUGUCGUUUUAAACAGCAUGCUGCUUUGCCAAGUUGCUGUCACUGUUCCAGGUGUUAGAAAAAAAAUCCGUUUUACAUAGUACUAUGGUGAAUCCAGAUGGACCUUCCAUUAAACACCAGCUGAGGAUUCCCUGGCUCUCUGACAGAUGUCUUCUAACUGAAGGUGCUCUGCACACCAAGGAAUGGAGAGUGAAAAAGGUUUGAUCAUCAUGGAAUGACAGGUACCAUGUGAUUAAUUAUUCAGAGCAGAUGAGGCAAUUUGCAUAGUCUUCGAGUCCUUUGCUAAUUGCAACUCUCUUGUGAAUUAUUCCGAUUCUUUCUUAUGCCGAUUUUGAUUUGUAUGAUCAGCACUGAUUAUCUGAUUACUGUCCAGCUUGUAGUUUUGAGUUUACCAAACUACUGUCUGUUGUUUCAUAUUUAAGUGUAUUUAAAGAAAAUAAACACAUUAUUCAAGCCAGAGAA